AUCAGUUCAACAGCAGCAUUAACACUGUAAACAGCAAACAUUUGUCAAAAACAAAAAAGUAAUAAAUUGUUACGUACGUAAUCGGGUUUUCGGGUUUUUCGGUUCGAUUUUCGAUUUCGUUUGGUUCAACAUGGCCGUACCCGUUUUGGUGACCAAAUGUGCCUAUUAUAAUUUCUUGCGCGAAUAUUGGCUUGGAUGCUAUAAAAGGGGCUAUACCCCGCAGCAGUUGGUCUGUGAGGCGUCGGCGGCUUGGCAGGGACUCCAGCCCAGCGAACGUUUGAUGUUCGAGGAGGGUGCCUAUAUUGGCGCUCGGCUGGCCGUAGAUCUAUUGUCCAAGACGCCCAAAAAGAUUGCCAUACGUAGUACAAAGGCUACUGGGCGGCUGCGCAAAUUGAGGGCCAAAUCAAGGCCGAAUAUUUCCUCAAAGCUGCAUUGGACACGUCGCCCCAAGCGUGUCAAGAAAUCCAAACUAAACCGACGUCGCUCUGAUUAGUCUAUAUAUUAGUUGCAGCCCAAUUGCUGCUGUAUUCAUAUCCUCAACUUUUUAGAUCUGUUAACGUUAACCAACACUACAUUACUUUUAACACACACAAACACACACACGCAAUCGCACACGCAAAUAAAUGUCUUUUAGGAAUAUAUAAA